AAGGAGGAGACAGAGACAGGAGGCAGUGAGGAAAUUCUGGCCACAUCUGUCUGAGCCUUGGCUAGACAGGAGGCAAGAGGGCGGUAGAAGCAGGGGAAUCUCUACUCUGGCUAAGUUUGCUCAGAUCCAGGGGCGCUCUGGAGACGCAGAACUUGGCAUUUCGGCCCCUUGCACUGGGAGGGACAGAUGCUGAGGGGCUCCAGCCACUGAACGCCAAUUUGAGUCUAUUCUCUCCAACUGAGCCUCUGAGACCUCAGUCCAAGCUGAAGGACCCAGAGUGCUGAGUGGGUGACUCACCCACAGGCUGGAGUUGCCCUCCUGUCUUCUUCCCUUCAGCUCCUUUUGCCUCGUGCGGAUCUCAGCAUGGAAGAAGGAUCCGACUUUGACACCUACUAUGCAGGAGAGAACCAGACCCUGGAGUGUGAGUAUGCAGACUGGAAGUCCUCGGGGUCUCUCAUUCCUGCCAUCUACAUCCUGGUCUUCCUCUUGGGCACCACUGGCAAUGGCUUGGUGCUAUGGACCAUCUUUCGGGGCAGCCGGGAGAAACGCCGCUCAGCUGACACCUUUAUUGCCAGCUUGGCUGUGGCUGACCUGACUUUCGUGGUCACACUGCCUCUCUGGGCCACCUAUGCUUACUUAGAUUAUACCUGGCCCUUUGGUGCCUUCGCCUGCAAGGUCAGCAGCUACUUAAUCUUUGUCAACAUGUAUGCCAGUGUUUUCUGCCUCACCGGCCUCAGCUUUGACCGCUACCUGGCCAUCGUCCGGCCUCUGGCCAACGCCAGGCUGAGGCUGCGGGUCAGCGGUGUGGUGGCCACAGUGGCCCUGUGGAUCUUGGCUGCUCUCCUUGCCAUGCCUGCCAUGGUCUUCCGCUCUGUCGGAGAGCUGGAGAACAACACCAAGUUGGUGUGUUACAUGGACUACUCCCUCGUGGCUGCUUCAGGGUCCGAGUUGGCCUGGGAGGUGGGGCUUGGUGUCUCUUCUACUGCCAUGGGGUUUGUGAUCCCCUUCACCGUCAUGCUGACCUGCUACUUCUUCAUUGCUCGCACCAUCGCUGGCCACUUUCGGAAGGAGCGUGUUGAGGGCCUGCGCAAACGCCGGCGCCUGCUCAGCAUCAUCGUGGUGCUUGUGGUCACCUUUGCUCUGUGCUGGCUGCCCUAUCACCUGGUGAAGACCCUCUACAUGCUGGGCAGCCUUUUGCACUGGUCCUGUGACUUUGAUCUCUUCCUCAUGAACGUCUAUCCUUACUGCACCUGCAUUAGCUAUGUCAACAGCUGCCUCAACCCUUUCCUCUACGCCUUCUUUGACCCCCGCUUUCGAGAGGCCUGCACCUCCAUGAUGUGCUGUGGCCAGAGUGGGUGCUGGGGAGCUGCCCCGGUGGGUGGGGAGAAGUCGGCUAGCUACUCCUCAGGGCACAGCCAGGGCCCUAGCCAGAACACGGGAAAGGGUGGGGAGCAGCCCCAGGAGAAAUCCAUCCCUUAUAGUCAGGAGACCCUUGUGUCCGACCAAAUCCUUGGAUGAAAGGCUGAGCUAGCCCCUACCCCUAAACCCAGCUCCCUGAUCACUGGGGAGAGUGACCAACUCCCCCUUCUUACUGACUUUCCUCUUGGCAACCUCCUUCCCCCAGUUCUUUUUCUCCUCUUUUUCCUACAUUUCUCUCUAUUUUCCUUUCCUUUUUCUUCCUGGCCUCUGUCUCUCUCUUUCUCUCCCUUUCCUCCUUUUUUUUGCGCUCUUAUUCCCCCAGGUGUUGCCACAAAUCAUAAGAGGAAUAUGGGAGAUUUGAACUUGGGGCUUGUGACUCCCAAACUAGGGCUGCUUGCUUUUCUCCUGCUUGCUGCCCCCGCAGUUUCUACUCUCUGCUUUUCCUGGCCUUUCACGUUUUCCUUCCUAAGUCUUUCAAGGGAACUGGGAAUGGAGGAGCACAAGGGAACUGUGAAGAUUCGCCCCCUCCCGCCCCAGGAGGCCACAGAGGUCUUUGUCCUAUUGUUCCUUUAGGGAGAAUUUGGAGAAAAAGGGGCAGGGCCUGAGGAGAGAGAAAGCCUGCCAUGCAGAGGAGGGGAGACAGAGUGGGAUCUGGGUUCCUGGAUCUUGGAUAGUGAUCUCCAUGGCUAACUGGCCCCCUCACUUGGGCAGCAGGCAGGGUCUCCUACCCUGCAGCUCAACACUGACCUUCCCUGGCAAUGGACUUAGUAACUCCUUGGAAAUGUAUUUCUUAUUUGAUAUUGGUCUGUCCCUCUUAAUACUGGGGAAAGAAAGGGAAAGGAGGAGAAUUCCACUGCCUGGGACUGGGGAAACAGGACGGGGUGUUGGUGGUAAAAUUGAUAAUGUCACAUUUGAAUUAUAGGCGGGGGCUGAAGGGAACAGAAGAAUGAUUGGGCAUGGUGCCGGCUGUGAGAUGAUGGGAGACAAAAGAAUUUGGGGUUCCAGUUUGAGAGCUGCUUUUAUUUCUGUCUCUAAAUUCUUCCCUCUACAGACCUCCCUCCUUGACUGUUUCUAUGGACAUUUUGUAAAUCCUGUAAGCGCGCGCACAUGUGUGUGCGUGUGCGUGCGUGUGUGUGUGCGUGUGUAUGUGUGUGUGAGUGACUUGAUCAUUGUCACCACUGACUGCCCUCCUCCAUGCUCCCUGCUGGCUUCCUUGAAACUAAGGAUGUGGCAUGCUAGGGGAGAUCUCACUUGCCCCUCUCUGGCA